ACGAAUGCGCGCGCGUGUGAAUAGUGAGACACCGGUGCAGUAUCAAAACAAGUGUUUUAUUGUAAUAAUUUGUCGAGUUAACUGUUGUAAGGCUAAAGUAACGUUAUGUUUAAUGUUUGCAUGAGCUUUUUUCUUUAGCUGACUGAAAAUGGAAAAGCUCAAUAUUGCGUGUUUGUACGGUUAGGCUUCGAAAAGACUCCCACAGCAUGUCAUUAUUUAAAGAGACCGAAUUGUUGACAAAUAUAGUAUUAUAAUAAAAAAUAACAAUGCAUAGUGGGAAUGUCAUGGACUUGUUUAACAGCGGAACUACAGUGAAAGUCUGUGCACCUAUGGUGCGAUACUCAAAGUUGGCUUUUAGAGCUUUGGUGAGGAAAUAUGAUUGUGAUUUGUGUUUCACCCCCAUGAUCGUUGCAGAAGACUUCAUGCAAUCUGCUAAAGCAAGAGACAGUGAAUUCACCACCAACAAGAGUGAUCGACCCUUAAUUGUGCAGUUUGCUGCCAAGAAUGCACAGACGCUGGCAGACGCAGCAUGUGUGGUGUCCGCUUUUUCAGAUGGAGUGGAUCUGAAUUGUGGCUGUCCACAAAGGUGGGCUGUGUCUGAAGGUUACGGAGCCUGUCUGAUCAACAAACCUGAGCUGGUCAGAGAUAUGGUGAGACAUGUUCGAAACCAAAUAGACAAUCCCAACUACACAGUGUCCAUUAAAAUAAGAAUCCAUAAGGAUAUCAGGAAGACAGUGGACCUCUGUCAGAAAGUGGAGGCAGCAGGUGUGUCGUGGAUUACGGUUCACGGUCGUACAGCUGAUGAGAGGCACCAGGCCGUCCACUACGAUGCCAUUAAGACCAUCAAGAGCAGCCUGUCCAUCCCCGUCAUCGCAAACGGAGACAUCAAGAACAUGCAGGACGUUGAGUCCACCCGUGACCUCACAGGCGUGGAUGGUGUGAUGGCUGCCCGUGGGUUGCUGGCCAAUCCUGCCAUGUUCGCAGGGUUUGAGGAGACCCCGCUUCAGUGUGUUUGGGACUGGGUAGACGUUGCUUUAGAACACGGGACACCUUUUACUUGUUUCCACCAUCAUUUGAUUUACAUGUUAGAGCGCAUCACCUCUCAGCCUGAGAGGAGAGUGUUCAAUAAUCUAUCCAGUACUUCUGCGGUCAUUGACUACCUCCACAAUGCUUAUGGCUCCUUAUAGUUUGUUUUUAAUGAAUGUAGAUUUUUAAUUGAAAUGAAGGCAGAAAUGCAAAAUGAAUUCUUAAAUAAACCAGUGCUGUUUAUGAUUAAUAUGUAUACACUGUUAUGUCUAGACAAAUUGGUAUGCAGCAUUUGUAGUGCCUUUAAAAUACUUAAUCAAUUCAUCCGGCAUGACCAUCUUGUCUCUAAAGCCAAUGUAUUGUAGGUGUAUGGCUUUGAAAAUGUAUGUAUUUAGUAAGUGCUUUUAUCCAAUAUAUCGUGUUUACAUUUAAUAAAUUAGCAGACGCUAUAAGAAAAGUGACUUUAAAAGAGCCUUUAAAGGGAUAGUUCAUACCCAAAAUGAAGGUCAUCAUUUACUUAUCCUUAGAUUGUUUCAUAAUUGUAUAAAUUACUUUGUUCUGAUGAACACAGAGAAAGAUAUUUGGAAGAAUGUUAGCAGUUUACAGUUGAGGAACAUCAUUGACUACCAUAGUAGGAAGAAUUAAAUGGUAGUCAAAGGUACCCAAGAACCCCAGUUUGUUUUCCUAAAUUAAUGAAAUGUCAAAUUUUCUGUGCAACAAACAGAAAAAUACACAAUCAUUUUUUUCUACUAUGGUAGUGAAUGAUUUCCCCGAACUAAAAAUUGCUGACAUUCUUCCAAAUAUAUUUCUCGGUGAUCUACAGAACAUAGAAAUUUAGGUUUGAAACAACCUGAGUGUGAGUAAAGUAUGAUAGGAUUUUCCAUUUUGGGUGAAGUGUCCCUUUAACAUUAUAUCUGAAGUGAUUUGUAAGUGAUAUUCCAAAAACCAGAGGCUCGUGGGUUUAAGUCUCUGGUAAUAGUCAUAUGACUGAAGAUUUUACCAGAAGUUUUUGAAGCAUGCAGUGACCAGUGGUCUGGUGGUAAUGUGCACUUGACCAGGGCUUGAUAGCUCAGGGUUCAAAUCCAGCUUUGGGUGAUCUCUCACAUCUCUUAUGUGGUCCAGGUAAGUGUAAAGAGAUAAAAUUACCAGGAGAUUUGAUUCUGACAUGCAGAGUCCUGUGGCUCAGGGGUAAGAAUCACUGGGUUAGAAUUUGGUAGUUGAGGUUUCAAGGCUUACUUUGUGUUCUUGCUCACAUUUCAUGUGUUUCAGGUUUCAAUAACAGGGAUAAAGUUACCAGGAGGACUCCUUCAGUCAUGCAGUGCCCAAUGGCUCAGUGUUAAGGAACACUACUCUAAGAUCAAGAGGUCUGGGGUUUGAGGCCAGGUAUAGACCUGCAUCUGAAUGACCAGCGGAGAAGACGACCAGCGGAGAAGACGACCAGCGGAGAAGACGACCAGCGGAGAAGACGACCAGCGGAGAAGACGACCAGCGGAGAAGACGACCAGCGGAGAAGACGACCAGCGGAGAAGACGACCAGCGGAGAAGACGACCAGCGGAGAAGACGACCAGCGGAGAAUGCACUCCAUAAAUUGGGGUUUUGUCAACGUUAUUUUUUGUUGUAGCAGCUAGCUAUCAGCCAGUUCCAAGGAACUGUUAAGUAUUUUUGUAAAAUUUAGGUAAAAUUUUGGCUUCUGGUGUAUAACCCCCUGUGCCUGCACUCUUGAACCUCGGGGGAGACACGCUCCAACGUCUCCCCCUUUCACGGUUUGGGUAUCUUCUCACGCCCUCCAGUCUUCAUGUCUUGCUUCUUCCUUCAGGCUGGGAUUUGGUUCCUGGUUCCUGCUUGAUCUGUUUCCUGUGGUGAUUCCAGUCAUGCACUGGCUUUGAACCCUAGACCUUCUGAUCUAGUUCCAGUGCUCUUCCAACUGAGCCAUUGGGUCCUUCACAAAUUUUACAGUUCUCCGGGCGUAUUUAUCUUUUUUUUUUAAACAAGUUGCGCAUAAGAGAUGUGGUUGAACACUUAGAGUGUCUGAGUCAAGGAUUGAACCUGUUAUCACUUGUUUCAGUCUCAGAGCUUGUACCCCUCAGCCACUGGGCCCUGGAUGUUAUAUACAGUUCUCCGGGAGUAUUUAUCUUUUUUUUUUAAACAAGUUGUGCAUAAGAGAUGUGGUUGAACACUUAGAGUGUCUGAGUCAAGGAUUGAACCUGUUAUCACUUGUUUCAGUCUCAGAGCUUGUACCCCUCAGCCACUGGGCCCUGGAUGUUAUAUACAGUUCUCCGGGAGUAUUUAUCUUUUUUUUUUAAACAAGUUGUGCAUAAGAGAUGUGGUUGAACACUUAGAGUGUCUGAGUCAAGGAUUGAACCUGUUAUCACUUGUUUCAGUCUCAGAGCUUGUACCCCUCAGUCACUGGGCACUGGAUGCUAUACAAAGUUCUCCGGGCGUAUUUAUCUUUUUUUUUAACGAGUUGCGCACAAGAAAUGUGAUUGAACAUUUAAAGUGUCAGUGACCAGCCUUGAACCCUUGACUUCAUGUUCUCAUUGUAAAUGCUCAUCCUCCAGUGCCAUCGUGCAAGGGACGCUUGAAACUGUUCUCCGUACGGAUAUAUCUGUUAUUCUUUAAACCAAGACUGAAUAGGAGAGACAAAUAAAGUGUCAGAGUCUGGGAUUGAACUCAAGACCAUUUACACCGGUCUCAGCGCUCAUAUUGCUGAGCCAUUGAGCUGCACCCAUUUGUGAUAGUUCUGAUUUAGCUGAACUGACUUUUUAAGGUGAGGUCUUCAAUGCAAUGUCAAGGCUUAAAACACUGAGAUUUGAACCAAGGCUUUCAGGUACAAAAGUCAAGAGAUUAACCCCAUAGUUUUUUAAUUUGCAGCAGUUCGCUUUUUGUUAAAUACCAUUUAAAAAUCUUAAGAGUGAGAUUUGAACCAAGACCAUUUAAACCCUGAGUUGUUUAGUUUGCAAAGGUUUGAUAUGAUUUUCUCUGGGUUCUUUGUUUUCUGUGUAUUUUCUGUAGAGUUUUGAAUGAGAUUUAAAGACUUUCAGGUAAGAAAGGCAAGAGCUUAACCCCCUGAACCAAUGUGUUUUAGUAUAAGUGUUUGGAUUUGUUCUGGGUUCUUUGACUUUCAAAGUCUUAUAUUAAGAAAACAGAACAUUCAAACCCUAAACCAUCAAACUUCAUACUUAAGUGCACAUUUUUUGUGAGUAAUGGUGCUUAAAAGCAGUGUGAUAUCAACCAAGAUGUUUAGGAAAAGGAAUGAAGCUGUCAAACUCUGAAUCAAUGAAUUUGUGAUAAUUCAACAUAUUGUUGUUGAUAUACAAAUAAAAACUUUAAAGUUCAA